GGCGCCAAGCGGUGGGAUUUGUUGGGUCUCUGUAAAUAAUAUUAUAAAGAGUACGGUCUAGAGGAAAAGUGCAAUGAGAUAACUUUUGUUAUGAAUUGGUGCCAUAUAAACAAAAUGAAAUUGAAGUGAAAGUAUGAAAUACAAGACGAUAGUAGAAGCAUUAGUUCCUACACAUUCUGUAGAAAAUGAAAAAGAAAAGCAUACAGGACACAGAUGCAGGCCGCAGAUCAUUAAAUCAUUGUUCAGUGGGUCCCCCCACCAGGCCUUCAUUUCCACAAUGGCUGCUCUCCGCUGAUUCAUCCAAAGCUGUAGAUCUGAUGAGUGUGGUCCAUUUCUGGGUCAGUGAACAGUGUGCCAUACUGCCGCACUGAAAAGGGAACAGAGAGGAGAGGCCAUAGCUUUCACACUACACCCACUCAACACACACACACAUUACACUGUCAACCCAACAUUCAAAUGCUGACACAUACUGUAUAUCGUCACAAAGAAGCAGCAGUUUGAAGCACUUUGAAUGUUUCCUGUCAGUUUGUGGUCUAUUCAACAACUCCUCCCCGUGGCAUGAGUGAGAAGAUGCUUUUUCUAUUUGUAUCUUUAAAUUAAGCUUGUUGAAGCCAUUGUAAAGUCUGAAGUAAGGUAUGUGACAUAUUUUAGAGUUAGAUUCAUAUUUAGGACAUUGCACAUUAAUUAAAAUGUAAUUUGUAAUUUGGCUUUAACAAUCCAAAGCACUGAAAAUGAAAAUUCAUUGUAGCGUCCUACUGAAUGUGAUGUUUAACAACUUGAAUGGGGCACCAGUAGCAGGCAGAAGAAAGUGUAUAACACUGCUGCAAUGGUUGAGGAGGCAAACAGAAUUCACAUUAGUAACAGUUGAAUUACCUUCUCCUAACACUGGACUUCUUCCAGAGAUUGUUUAAUGAGAUAAAGACUGCAAUGGCUAUAUAAUCCAAUGUGUGCAAUAACCUUAUAAUACAAAAACAUCUACUGUACUUACAAAUGAUAUAUUUUUACAGUUUAAUGUACACAUUGUUCAAUAACAUGUACAUAUAAUCCAUUACUGUCAAAGUAUAUCAAAGCAUGUUGUACAUACUGUACAUAGAUGUGUAUAAAUGCACACAGUGUACAUAAACCACCUACUGUAUGUAUAUAAAUUAACUUAUUAUACUACCCAUAAUAUUUAUUUUAGCACUCUUUGCACUCCCAUUCACCCCUGCACUAUUUGUAACCCUGUUUACAGUAACAGUUUGACCUGUAUGUAGACAUCUAUAUAUCUACUACUAAACAAUACAGAGAUGCAUUUUUUUUAACCUACUUUAGUGUUGUCGUCCUUGUUUAGUGAGAGCCACUGAAAAACUAAAAUUUCUUGUAUGCGUAAGCAACUGAUUCUGAUUCUCCUCAGAAGAUUUGGAGUUACCUUAAAAUAUUCACACACAAGAGAGCAUGAGGUCGCCCUAUUUCCCAGCGAGGUCGGUGCUUUUCCGCAAGGAGCCAAACGGAGUGACGUACAGGGUCCCAGCACUGCUCUACCAGUCCCGUUCCAGAUCCCUCCUGGCCUUCUGUGAGGAGAGACUGAGCCCGUCCGACUCUCAGGCUCACCUGCUGGUCAUGAGGAAAGGCACUUUCUACAGGAACUAUGUGGAGUGGGAGGACAUGCGUGUCCUGGGCACUGCCUUCCUGCCAGGCCACCGGUCAAUGAACCCGUGCCCGGUGUACGACGAGUUCACAGGUACUCUCUUCUUGUUCUUCAUCGCUGUCCUCGGCCACACCUCGGAGUCCUAUCAGCUGGUGACAGGGAAGAAUGUGACCCGUCUCUGCUACAUCUGCAGCACUGAUGACGGAGACACCUGGAGUCCUGUCACUGACCUAACCAAGAGGGUCAUAGGAGACACUAUCAAAGAAUGGGCCACUUUCGCUCUCGGCCCGGGCCAUGGCAUCCAGCUGAAGUCAGGUCGUCUGCUGAUUCCUGCCUACUCUUACCACAUCGAGUGCAAAGAGUGCUUCGGAAAGCUCUGCCAGACCACUCCCCAUUCCUUCUGCUUUCACAGUGACACCCACGGGCGAACUUGGCGCUUCGGGGAGGCGGUGCCGGGGCCGGAGAGCGUGGAGUGUCAGAUGGUGUCUGUGGAUGAAGAGGAUGGGACUAAUGUGCUGUACUGUAAUGCACGCAGCCCUCUCGGAUACAGGGUUCAGGCUCUCAGUCUGGAUGAUGGAGCGGUGUUUCAGGAGGGGCAGCUGGUGCAGCGGCUGGUGGAGCCUCGAAAUGGUUGUCAUGGUAGCAUUGUGGGAUUUCCUGCCCCGUUACAUUUAUGUAAUUCUCUUAGCCAUCACUUACACCAACCCACGCAUCACUCCAGACACUGGACAUCCUACAUGACCUACUCAAAUCACACCAACUCUCCCUCUCCAAACAUCACCACUUCUGCUUCACCCAAUCCUAGUGCCCCUCCAGAUUUCCUCACCCCCACCUGGGUAGUAUACUCCCACCCAACAUGGACCACCGCACGCAAGGAUCUGGGCGUGUUCCUCAGCCUAUUUCCCCGUGAUCCGGACAGUUGGCGCGGCCCCUGGGUGAUCUACGAGGGCCCCAGCGCCUACUCUGACCUCGCCUAUCUAGAGCUGCCACCCUCACCUGGUGCACCGCCCGCUGUGGCCUUCGCCUGCCUGUUUGAGUGUGGUACUAACACAGCCUACGAUGAAAUCUGCUUCAGCAUCUUCACCCUCUACGAGCUUAUUGACAAUCUGCCCCGGAAUGUGCAGCUGGGAAAUAACGACAACGAAUGUAAAAGACAGCAGAAUAAAGUCUCUGAGACGAGUCCGAGUUGUACACGUAGACAUGAUGCUCAAAGUACACCUUUUUUCCAUCAGGUGAAGAAGAGGAGGAAGAAGAGCAAGUUGACAAAGAUGUGCUGUGUUUCUUAAAUGUAGUUUUUAAGCUUGUAAUACAGAGUUAGAAUACAGGAGUGUCUUCCAAUAACUGUUUUCUACAUACACUUAGUGGCCACUUUAUUAGGUACACUUGUACAAUCUAAUGCGGUGACUUCAGUCAUAAACAUAUAAAUGAAUUUAAGCAUUUCUGAUAUCACCAAAAACUGAUCAUUAUAAACUUCAUAAAGGUAGAAUUUAUGACAGAGCUGUUGUAUUGAAUUGCAAUAGAUUGUGCAGGUGUCCCUAAUAAAGUGGCUGCUGAGUGUACAUCCACAAUGUAUCAUAGAAUAUUGUACAAACUAUUGACAAGAGUGAUUAUUCUUAUGAGAAAUUUAGUUUUUGUAGUGUUAUUCAGUUGAUUUCAGUUACAAUAACUGAAACACAGUGUGACUCAGUAAGCCUUUCAGUUCAGUAUGUUGUUUUUGUUUUGAUAUUGAUCAUUUUGUCAAUUUUGUUUUCCUGACACUUGAAAUUUCAGGAAAAGCAAUUGUGUGUAUCUAAAACAAUAAUCUAUAUUAUCAGUGCUAUAUUAUUAUAUGAUUGUGAGUUCAAGGGUUUUUGUUCCAAGAUCAGAGUCUGAUACUGCUUUAUAAAAUAUGAAGGAAUAUCCCACACGUUUGAAAUAAAACUAAAAAAAUCUCC